GGAUAAUAAUGCCAUGAAAAAUGAUUAUAAUCAAAUUAACUUUUGGUUGGAAAUCCACGCUUCCUGCAAUAGUUUUCGUUUAGAGUAGUUUCAUCUCGAUCCGUAGCCGCUAAUAGCCCGACAUUAUCGUUUAUAUAAAAUUUAUUAGAAUUGCCGCGCACACCAUGCAUACAAAUACAUUGUUCGUCGUUUUUAUAAUGAGUUUGUCAGUUGAUGUUUCCGUCGCCAUUGUUCUGCGAAAGAAGGGCCGAAUAGUAACGCCCGAAUUCGGAGGCGGCGAAAUUCACCCGAGCAAUCCGAACUACAAUCUAUGGCCGGUACCAUUCUUCAAUCAAUCCGGAGUACUGCCAAUUGAACAGAGCCCCGCGAAUUUCCCGGUCACGCCGCCGCCGGCGUUUACAGCAGGUACACAAACACCACGAGAAAACAUCAACAAGGCAAACACAAUCAUUCCUUCACCAGCACCAAACGACGCCAUCGGCAGCGCUCCUUCGACACCCUUGGCCCCUCUAGUGACCAUCAUUAACCCGGAGAUGAUGUUAAACUAUUCAACGGGCUCCCCUAAGGUAGUCGAAGAUGCUCCUCCCAAACAACUCGAUAUCGAACCUUUGAUAACCUAUCUAGAUCCACAAUAUUUUCUCAAUUAUUCUAAAACAACCACUACGGAUACUUCCUCUAGUGCUGCUCCUCUAGUACCAUCUUCUACUGCUUCUAGUAAACAAUCCGAUGCCACAACAACAUCUACACCAGCUCCUUUUACUUCGAAUCCGAUCGAAACUUCCACGUUCUCCAAAAUCAAACCGUUAUUAGGUUUGGAUUGUACCACUCCAAGUGCACAGAUUUCUUCCGGACACUUCUCGAACGCCCAAGGAUUGUCCAGCCCGGGCAAUUUCCAAGUCGACGUGCCGGCGAAUUUGAAAUUUCACGUAAACAUCACCUCUUCGCCGAAUUACUUCGUCAAUAUCUAUCCGGUGACGAACACCGAAUCGGACGUCAUUGAAAUCAAUAGCAACCACGCACCAUAUCAGCCAAUAACAACUUCAAAUAACAUAAAUCUUGAUAAUUCUUAUGGUACUGUUAACGCAGGAAUUAGUACCGCUACGAUUCCGACGCCUUACACUACCAGCGCGGCCAUGAUGAGGAUAUCGGAAGAAAAGUGUAAUGAGUAUUAUAAUGCUGCUUCAACGAGAUCUUCAAGAGACAAUCACGUGCAAGUGUUCAUCAUCGGAGGACAGAGUUCCGAACAGAAAGAGUUUCCUCAUAUGGCCGCUUUAGGUUACGGCGCUAAAAGUGAUAGCAACAACAACUGGCUUUGCGGUGGUAGUUUAAUAAGCGAUCUAUACGUAAUAACAGCAGCUCACUGCCUAUCCUCAAAAUCAUUAGGACUCGUUUCGUACGUGCGGUUAGGAACCACGGUUUUGCAAACCGAAACAUUGAAUUCCGAAGAUUAUAAUAUCGUUAACAGAAUCACCCAUCCGGAGUACGUUAAAGGGAGCAAAUACAACGAUGUGGCUUUGCUGGAAUUAGACAGGCGCGUGGUCUUCAAUGAAUACAUCUCGCCGAUUUGCCUGUACACUUCGCCUGCCUUGUACAGCACGAGCCUAACAGCCACCGGUUGGGGCAAGACCAGCGAAGACGGUCACGCUUCCAAGGAUUUGCAAAAGGUCAAUUUGAAUUACAUCCCUAUAGAUGCCUGCCAGAGGGCCUACAGCAUCGUGCCCAAAGACCAAUUACCCUUUGGCAUUCAGGACGUCUCGCAAUUGUGCGCUGGGACUCCAAACGGUGAAGGAGAUACUUGCCAGGGCGACUCGGGAGGGCCGCUUCAGCUGAAAUCGAAUGGUAGAAUGUUCCUAGUAGGGAUAACUUCGUUCGGUAUCGGUUGCGGUACGCCGCAAAUCCCCGGAGUUUAUACGAAAGUUUCCUAUUACGUUCCGUGGAUCGAGCAGAUUGUGUGGAGGCGAUAGAGCUGCGGAUGUACAAAUACAUAAUUUCUUACGAUUGUACAAUAAAACUUUAUCGCUCUA